GUCACAGUGAGUCACGCGUUGUUGGCCGACUUUGCCCACCUCCAGAGUCCACAGUAACGUUUCACCCCAGACUGGUUGCUGCGACAUUUACAUCGAAACUACCACUGAUCACCGUCAACUCUUGAAAGUUAUGGCAGAUUAUGAGUCUUUGCACCGGCACUGCCGCACUCUGGAGUCUUUAUUCGACACAAAGCUUACGUCGUACUCUCGCCUAGCGUCAACAAUAACAAGAAAUCAGGACGACGUCGAGGCAGGAGGCUCGCGUGAGCGCUGGAAAGACGUGGAAGGUGAAAUCGAAGACCUCCUGGAGAAGCUACGAGAAACCAAUGAUGAAUUGCUCGCACUCUCGAAUAACCCGGACACCCCAGCCCUCACAAGACAUCAUGAGGUUUAUCAGGACUAUGCCAAGGAGCUGCGCAGGACCAAGACAAAUGUCCAGCAUGCACUUGAUAAAGCAAACUUGCUUUCGGGCGUUCGAAAUGACAUUGAGGCGUAUAAAUCUUCCGCAGCAGAUUCACUACUCGCAGAAAGAGGGAGAAUUGACAGCUCCCAUAGGAUGACAGACCAGGUUCUCGACCAAGCAUAUGAAACUCGGACAGAAUUUUCGCGUCAGAGCGCGUCUUUAGCUGGUAUCAACACACGCAUGACCGGUGUUAUAAGUACAAUACCUGGUAUCAACAAUCUCCUUUCUAUGAUCAAGAGUCGGCGGCGGAGAGACUCUAUUAUUCUUGGAAUUCUCAUUGGAGCUGCUUACUUCUGCUCAUAAGUUACAUGUCGCGGUGAAACCAUUUUUUCAUUAUUCAUGGACUCAUUCAAUACAUAU